UGUUGUGUGUGUAUAUGUUUAGUUUCUAAACAAUUUAUAGGUGAGGUUUGACUUCGUAUUUUGCAACGCGUACUGUAUUUGAUCCUUAGCAGACACCGUAGCUAGUUGGAUACAUCACGUGACUGCAGGGUCGUGGAGUCGCACAGUGUUUCAGCAUGGCAUGCUUCUCGAGUGCCGGGUGAAGAUAAGGUGUUGCACAUUGAUGCCCAACUAGGUCUUGUCAAGCAAGCACCUUCUUAUCGAGAGAAUGAGUGACAAGGCAUAUUUGUGUUUGGUGCGCACUUUACGGCAUUUGCAGUCAUGCAGCUCUUCAGUUGGAAUCAGGAUCCCUCAAUCUGCACAGAAUUAUACAUCAAAAACAAGUUUAAGAAGUCUUAAACCUGCUAGACAAACACACCUGUUUCCCUCUGCAUACAGCCAACCUGCUGCACCUUUAAGGUUUUUAAGUACUGUGGCCCCAGGUAGCGUAGGAGAACAAAACGUGGCGCCUGAUAUAGCAGACAAAGUUUUGGUUGAUGUUAAAGGCAACUUGCAUGAAGAUAAACUGGACUCAAAUAGUCUGAACUUUGUGGAAGAAGGCACUGAAGACCAAUCGAGUCCUUCCAGAACUAAGGAAGUCAAUAUUCCUCACUACUCUGAGGUUUUCCGGCAGUGCUAUUCUCCUUCUGAUGUACUGGACCUAUGCAGCGGUUCUUCACUUAGCCUGAAGCAUGUUAGCAAUAGUUUCACCACCAUGUGGACAACCUUCAAGAAGAUCAAACAAGGCCAAGGACAGAGACAUUAUGAGAAACAGCUUAUGUUUGAGCACCCAAAUUUCGAGAAUUUAUGUCGUCAAGCAAUGCAUACAGCUCACAAAAUGACCCUCGAUGACUUGGUCUAUACUUUGCAUGCCGUGGUAAAGCUUCAAGUACCCCAAAACUCAAGACUGGUCCAGACUUUAUUAAGGGUCUGUCAGGAGCACCUCAAUGAGUUUGAAGAGAGAGAGAUGUCCAUCUUGGCCAGCUCACUGAACGUGAUGGAAAGCUGCAGAAAUGUAGACUCUUUAAGAUCGGGGCUCAGGUUGCUGGUGGAGGUACGAAUGCCAGAAAUUAAUGGGAUCCUUCCUCUCCAAACCAUGAUGCGGUGUAUUGGAAAAGAUGCUCCACUCUCACUUAAGAAGAAGCUUGAGAGGAAAGCUCUGGAGAUGUUGGAUCAGUUUACUCUCCCAAAUGCCCAACAUAUGUUCACCACUCUUGCUGCUGUAAACAUGCGUUCUUUUCCGCUUCUUAAUUUCUGCAAACAGAAAAUUAUUGAGAAUGUAGAUGGUAUCCCUUUUUGGAGGCUGAUCCAUAUACUAAAUGCCUGCCAUCAGCUGUCGUACCGGGACGAAGAGAUGCUCACUGCAAUUGGAGAUUAUGUUGUGGACACGAUGUACAUGUGGCAGAAUAAACAGGUGUCACUGUUCCUAUUGCAGAUGGAGACCCUUGGCUUCCGACAUGUUUCUUUGCUGGAUAGUUUUGCAAAGAAAGUGAUGGAAAGCCCACAGGAGCUUACUCUAAAGGAUUUAAUUGCCAUAAUUAAAGUGUACUCUGCCUUGAACCAUCUACCUGAGGAGAGGAGCCAAGAGUUUCUUAAAGCUCUAGACACGUCUCUGCAGUUGUACCUGGUGCGGAUUUCUCCAGUAGAGCUUCUGAAAGUUGUGUACUACUUUUGUAUGCUAGGAUUCCUCCCGCCAAGUCCACUGGAGACACUUCUGAAGGAUGAGGUUCUGAAUGAGUUACAAAACUCAGCCAUAGGCAAACAAAAGGUGGAAAGGAACUUGCAAAUGUUGCACAGUAUUAAGUUGUGCUUGCAGCUGGAUGAAAAUGCCUCCUUUCCUGAAGCAAUGUGCCAGAUAAGGCCUCCUGAUGUGACUUCUACAGCCCAACCAGAGGUCGAGACCACGCUCCACGCUAUUCUGGGAGAUCCAGCACUUGUACAGAAAAAAAUCCACUUACCCAGUAAUUACUAUGUUGAUUUUAUGUUUGCGUUCGAUACAGAACAUAAUAAAGUAAUCCCUCUACCUGAGACACAUCCAUCUGAUGACCCUCAACACACCGAACGGGUGGCGGUGCUAUGUAUCCAGUCCUCCCAGUUUGCUGCUGGGACUCUUCAUCCACUAGGAAUGCUGGCCAUGAAAAUGAGACAUCUCAAGACACUUGGCUAUCGCUUAAUACUGGUUCCACUACACAAGUUUAGACAGCUUAAAGAGGCCGAGAGAGUCAUGUUCCUGAGAAGCCAGAUAUUUCCAGGUGAAUCUUCUGCUGCUGAAGAACUGGAGAACCAGAAUGCACACACAACUCACCAGAGCUGAUGUUCAGGACGCUGUGAUGUUUAUAGGAUGCAUGAAGCCUCCAUCCACAGCAUAUCUGUGACCUUAUUAAGUUGUCCUGGUGCAUAUGAUCUCAUGAUCUUUUACUACCUACUGCCACCUCGUGACAAACGUUGGGCAGCACCAGUAUACACCAUCAUGCUAUUUCAUCGUCUUUGUAACGUUUUGGUCAUCAGUGUGUUUAUGUGCAGAGCUUUUUAUUUUUAAGACAUUUUUGCUACUUUAUGUUACGUUUUUUAUUUUUUUAUGUUUUUGCAAUAACAACAUUAUUUGGCAUCAAAAGGAAAUAAAUGAGGCAAA